GUAAGAAGCAAGACAUAGAUCUUAAAGCUACGUCCGAUGCUUGCUAAGAUCACAACAAUGGCGGUCGCUAAACCUCUCUGCUCAGUCUCUUGCUUACUCCUAUCCUCCUCUCUCGUCUCGGUCGUCUCGCUUCUCUUCCUCUUCUCCAAUUCCUUAACAUCCGACCCAAAUCCGAGGAUCUCACAUGAUACCUCUCAAACCGGCAUCAACGUCUUCGUAGCUGAGCUUCCGAGAUCCCUGAACUAUGGUCUUCUCGACAAGUACUGGUCCUCUUCCCCAGAUUCACGUAUACCCAGCGACCCGGAUCACCCGACCCCGAAACCCAAUUCAGCAAAACCCGGUAAAUACCCACCGUACCCGGAGAAUCCGCUGAUUAAGCAGUACAGUGCUGAGUACUGGAUCAUGGGAGACCUCGAGACCCCACCGAAGAAGCGUACUGGAUCUUUCGCCAAAAGGGUUUUCAGUGAAUCCGAAGCUGAUGUAGUGUUCGUCCCCUUCUUCGCGACUCUUAGCGCAGAGAUGGAGCUUGGAAAUGGAAAAGGCACCUCCUUUAGGAAGAAAUCUGGAAACCUAGAUUAUCAGAGACAGAGACAAGUUCUUGACUUUUUGAAGAAGACUCAAGCUUGGAAGCGAUCCGGUGGACGUGAUCACGUCUUUGUCCUAACUGACCCUGUUGCAAUGUGGCAUGUCCGUGAGGAGAUUGCUUUAUCGAUUCUACUCGUGGUGGAUUUUGGAGGAUGGUUCAGGCAAGAUUCUAAGUCCUUCAAUGGUAGUAGCUUCCCUGAGAGGAUAGAGCAUACUCAGGUCUCUGUCAUCAAGGAUGUGAUAGUUCCAUACACGCAUCUUCUUCCUAGACUAGAUCUGUCUCAGAACCAAAGACGUCACAGCCUUCUUUAUUUCAAAGGCGCUAAGCACAGACAUCGGGGAGGGUUAAUAAGAGAAAAACUUUGGGACUUACUGGUGGAUGAACACGACAUUGUCAUGGAAGAAGGUUUCCCUAAUGCAACGGGAAAAGAGCAGUCUAUAAGAGGAAUGAGAAACUCAGAGUUCUGCUUGCAUCCAGCCGGUGACACUCCCACUUCAUGCCGUCUCUUUGACGCCAUACAAAGCCUUUGCAUCCCUGUGAUUGUCAGCGACAACAUAGAGCUCCCGUUUGAAGGAAUGAUCGAUUACUCAGAGUUCACAGUCUUUGUCUCUGUAAGUGAUGCAUUAAGGCCUAAAUGGUUGGCUAAUCAUCUCAGAAAGUUCUCUGAAAGAGACAAGGAAACCUUCAGAAGUAGAAUGGCAAAGGUUCAGUCAGUUUUUGUGUAUCACAAUGGUAAACCGGAUGGUAUUGGACCGGUUCAACCCGAUGGUGCAGUGAAUCACAUAUGGAAGAAGGUUCAUCAGAAAGUGCCUAUGGUGAAGGAAGCAGUGAUUAGGGAGAGGAGAAAACCAGCUGGUACUUCUGUUCCUGUUCGUUGUCAAUGUAUCUAAAAUUAUUAUUCUUUUUUCUUAAUCUUUUGUUUUGUUUGGUGUACUUCACGCUAUACACGAUAAAAUACAUAAAUUCCCUUGUGCUCGGAGAAUAUAUAUACAGGAGUAACUCUUUUU